CCUCACUUUGGAUAACCCCUCUAUUUGUCACUCUGGACCUCUUACUCCCCAUCUUGCCUGGUUUUCUCUUUCCUCGACAUAGUCACUAGUAGAACAAGUAAAGAAAGGUUUCAACAUGGGCAAAAAAGACAACAAAUCCGGCGGAGGAGGAGGCAGCAAAGACGCCGGGAAGGGUGGGAAAGGUGGGAAGGGAAAGGGAGGUGGCGGUGAUGACAGUGGAGGGAAGCAGCAAAAGGGCGCCCAGAGCAUCAACGUUAGACAUAUUCUUUGCAACAAAAUGGGCGAGGCAGAAAAAGCCAUCGAGCGGCUCCAGAACGGUGAGAGCUUCAACACUGUCGCGAUGGAGAUGUCGCAGGAUAAGGCCAGGUCCGGAGGAUCACUAGGCUGGAAAACAAAGGGGUCAUUGCUGCCCGAGUUUGAAAAGGUGGCUUACGAACUACCCACCAGCACGACCAACAAGCCAAGCUGGGGGAUGGCCAAGACGUCCGAGGGAUAUCAUGUCAUCAUGGUCGAGGGACGCAAGUAGUUUUAAUAUCAACCAAUCACAUAGUCAGGAGUGGAAUAAACAAAAGUUGGUUGACCGUCCCAGAUCAAAGGCUUUUGAAUUUUUUGACUGUCUUGAUUUUUGUCUCGUCCUCAUUCUGAGGGGAGAAGAAAAAGGAGGUAGCUUGCCCG